GGCGCCAAAGGUUGGCCUGUGCAGGGCUACUCUGUUAAGAAAAAGCAUACCCCCCCCACACACACAGCUCGCACGCAUACGUCAUCUCGAUUCCUUCCUGGAGGAAAAGGUUCUGAUAAGUUGUGUCUUUGUUGCGAAAAAACGCAUCGGUGCUGUGCACUCCCCCGUGAAGUGAGAAGCCCCGAGAAGCUGCAACCCCCCCGCGGAUCAGCCUUUCUUUCAGCGUUUUCCGCGAAUGACAGACAGGAUUCGAAGGCGGUGUCUAAGCUACGCAAAAAAGUGCUCCACAGUCGGUCACGUGUGCGUGUGUGUGUGUGUCCUGUAGGCAAACAAAACAUACAACGCAACAAAUUAAACAAACGCAGCUGGGGUGUCGAGAGGUGGUUGCGUAGGAAAAGUUCGAUAAGCCCAGCUCUCCCGAAGUGAAACCGAAAGUGGUGCGCGCGACGGUCAACGGUGGCGCAGUUUGUGGCGAGUGCGUUCGAAAGAAAGGUCGGAAAAUUCGCCUUCGGCCCGCUCGGGGCAAGUUGGCGCCCGCGGUGAACAAAAGUGACCCUUUUUUUGUGUUACAUUGAAAGUGUGCCAAACAAACAUUAAUCAGUAGUGAGCCGCCGGAACCUCAGAGCAUAAAGUCCAAAAACAAAGAAGAAGAUGGCUGUCCAAGUGGAUAAUUUAUUGCUCUCGGAUAUUGGUCGUUCGAUAUCGUUGGACACCGCCACACGUCUCCGGAACGCCGCCAUGAGCAAACUGAUCCGCCAGGUGUCGAUCGAGUCGCCGGCGCCGAAGCUGAAGGACUGCGUGCUGAACCUGGUGGUGCCGGUCCCGGACACACCGCCGAAGGGGGCCCGCAUCCUGGUGGUGUACGCUGGCGCCUGCUACCGCAAAAACCAGUCCACAUCGAUCUCGUCGAUCAGCAGCCAACUGUCGGACACGGGCGACAUCACCACGUCGCUUCACCUGCUCGCCAAGCAGAUGCAGAGUGGCAGCUUCACGAGCAUCAGCGAGGAGGGCCCGGACAGUGUCCCGGUCCAGCACCACCAGCAGUCGGUGGCCAUCCAGCACAACCCACAGGCCCACCAGGGCGUCCGGGAUGGGGCGCUGUUCCCCGGCUUCGAGGUGGCCGGCGUCAUCGAGUCGCUCGGCACGGAGCUGCCGGCCGACUGCGGGUUCAAGGUGGGCCAGCGUGUCAUCCUGUACCCGUACGAGGGAGUGCCGCACGGUUACUCCGAGCUGAUGAUGGUGCCCGAUCUGCGCUACUUGAUCCCGAUCCCGGAUGCGCUGUCGCUGAGCGUGGCGGCCACACUCCCGACCGGUGCGCUGCUGGCCCAAAGUGCCAUUAUCGCCGCACACAAGAUCGUGGACGAUCUGCUCAAGAGCCGACCGGGCGAAAAGGUGAAGAUCCUGAUCGUGGGCACGGGCGGGCUGGCCCUGUGGGCGGUCCGUAUCGCGGCACAGCACUUCUACACGCCGGCCACCAAGGACAAGAUACAGAUCACCGUCGCCAGUCUGCGGGACGAAGGGUUCCUCGUGGCGAAGAAGUGUGAACGGGUAAAUAUUGUCCAGUGGAACGAGGAUCUGUACGAGAAGCAGCUGAUCGAGCGUACACACGACGCGUGCGACGGACUGGUGGACAUUGUGAUCGACUUCGGCACGACGUCGCGCAGUCUGCACCGAUCGAUGCAGUGCCUCACGACGGGCGGCCACAUCUUCAUCAGCGACGAGGUGGCGGAGAAGCUGCUGCCCAAGUUUGGCAAGCGCGCCGAGGAACGGGGCCAGACGAUCGAGGCCGUCCCGACGGGCACGAUCGAACAGUUGCAUCAGCUCGUCAAGCUAGUUUCUUCCAACGAGAUUGAACCACCGCCACACUCAGUAUUUCCCUCGGACCAGGCUGCCGAAGUCGUGCGCAAGCUGGCCAGCUCGGAGAUUCCUGGACGUGCCAUCCUCAAAUUCCAUGAUAUCGAGUAAGCCACCUUCCUUUUCUGUCCCCGCAACAACACGACUUCAUCGGAAGUCGGAAGCUCUCCAUCAUCCUCGAUAUGUGCGUGCGUGUGUUUUGCUGCGAGUCAAGCUGCCGUGUGUUCCCGGGAUAGCGCUCCUCUGCAAUCGCUUCAUUGACCUCAUUGGCUUAACGGUUACCCUCUUCAUUUCGGAGUGGCGCAAAAAGUUGUCGAAAGCUUAUGAGAGAAAACUGAGAAUGAAACGAAAGCGGCGAAUCGCUGUUGGUCAAUGAACGUAUAAAGAAGAAUCGUAAAAUAGGGCGAAACAGAAGCAAAUAAUCACACGUAAAAGUGUGUCGUAAGAUGCAUAAAGCGAAAUAGGUUACUGAAACGUUAAAGGAAUACGACAAAAGCCGGCAACGAAUGAAAAUGUGCAAACCCUUUUAAUAUCAACUGAACUAAGAGUUAAAGCAGAGAGAAGUGGGUAAAGACAUCACACAAGCAAGAGAACAUAAAAGGAUUAAACAACCCGAGUGCUGUGACACGUCAGGACAGCAGGUCUCUCAUCACGCCGAAUAGGACACACGCGCUGCUCGCAAACGCAAAAAUAUGAAACUAUUGUUCGCUAAUCUAACCCCCCCUUUUAGUGUAUAAAACUGCGCUCCCACUGCGAGUUAAGUGUCUUAGUUGUUUAUUAUGUGAUUUCGUGCAGAUUUUCCGUUUUAAACCCCCCUUUGUUCCAGUGGCAAUAGUUCGAAUAGUGACAGGAAAAAGGAAACAGAUUAAAAACACAACCGUGUGUGUAGUAAAGUUAGUUGAACGGUUACUGAAAAAUAUGCGAGAAACUAAUCCAAAACGGCGGGGGGAAUAUCAAACGCAAAUAGCAAGCAACCAUCUCAAUUCUACUCAAAUUCUACGCCCCGUCGAGUAAGGAUAAACCACCCGAUUGUCGAUGAACGAUGCGAGUCAAAAGUUACGAAGUAGCAAAGUAAAAGUUUGUUGUUUUCCGUGAUCAGAGUAAGAUAGUGUACGGCGCGGCGAUAGAGAGUGUAGCGAAAAAGUGAGGAAAACGGGGCCCGCAAGCGUGGUCCGGUCCGGGGUUUCUUUCACCGUCACCUGGCCCUUGGUUGAUAGAGUUUAGUUGAUAAUUUUCUAGCUUGUAAAGGACGAGGGUGGCCCGACGGCGCACCACCCGCUGCUGGUGAGGAGCGGCGCCGAACCCGGCGCCCGGGAAGUGCAAAGUGUAUUAUUGCUAACGAUAUAAAGUAAAAAAUCAAAACAGAACCCAAGAGCAGCAGGAAACAAACUAAACCAGAAUAAAGAACUGUAUAGGAGUUAC